AUGACAACAAGAAUCAACAUUCUCCCUGACGAAUUACAACUCGCUGCAGGUGUCUUGUCUUUACCAAACAUUUUCGAAAUCAAGUAUUCUGCACCAGUUCGUCUCUACAAAGCAGCCAAUAAUAAUCAAUGGUCAUAUGCCAAUUCUUAUGGAAUUUUGACAGUUACAUUGGUUGAAAAACAAUCAGUAGUAAUGAUUCGGUUGGUAGAUUUGAAGAGUAAAUCAGUUACUAUGGAACAAGAAUGUUAUGAAGGUUUCGACUAUCAAACACUUUCUUCCAAUUUUCAUGCAUUCGAAUCUGAUGAUGGUUUUGUUGGAUUGUUAUUUGCUGAAAGAUUUGAUGCUGAUCAAUUUGCCAAGCAAGUUUGUCAACUCAUUCGUUUGAAAGCAACUGGUUCUAUCAAUGGUGGUUCAACUCCAAGUUUGCCUUCAACUAAACCUUCUGUUAAUGUGAGAAGUGACAGUUCUGAUUCUUCUUCACCAACUGGUAAUGCUGGUUCCAGUACUGCACCACCUACUCCAGUGAAGAAGACUAGUCCUCCUCCAUCUACUCCUCCACCAGUUGCUAACAAGCCAACUGCUGUCAAUACUUCAAUUGCUGCCAGUAGCUCAGUACAUACUACUAGCACUUCCCAUAAGGAACCUGAAAAGAAACACACUUCUAGCAAUAGUGGUGGAGGUAGUAGCAGUAGUGGAGGUGGUGGUGGUUUAUUCUCCAAGAUUUUCGGAACAAAGAAUAAGGACCAAAUUCCUGACCGUUCACAAAUCAAAAUUUCUGGACCAAAGGUUGACAAGUUUAAACACGUUUCACACAUUGGUUUUGAUCCAAAAAGUGGAUUUACAGACAUCCCUCCGGAGUUAAAAACUAUAUUUGCGAAGGCGGGCAUUUCUGAAGAUGAAUUGAAAGAUAAGAAAACUGCCAAAUUUUUAAUGAAGACACUUGUCACUGUCACAUCAGAUGCUCCUCCACCUCCUUCUUUGGAUGUUCCAAGUGGAAGACCACAACCUCCACCAACCCCAGGAACUAGAUCAACCCCUCCUCCACCUCCUUUCAAGGGAGCUAGCUCAAAUGCUCCUUCUAACUCAAGUGCCAUUGGAGUUGGUGGUUUUGUUCCUCCUCCACCAACCAAUGUUCCUCCUCCACCAGUUGUCGAUCUCUCUGUUAAGCCUAGAGUAUCUGUUGCAAGUCCAGCAACUGAUUCUGAUGGUGGUGCCUCAGGUGGAGUUGACAUGCUUUCUGAAAUUAAAAAUAAGAAAUUGAGAAAUGUAAAGCAAGAAGAUUUACCAGAAUUCAAGAAUAUGGCUGAAAGUGAUCAAAACAAUUUGGCAGCCAAGAUUGCAGGUAUUAUGGAACUUCGUCGUGGUAAUAUUGAAUAUUCCAGUGAAGAUGAGGAAAGUGAUGAUGAUGAUUGGGAAUUGUAAAUAUUUCAAAAACAUAUAUUAAUUGCAAUAAUACAAAUCGGUUUAUCGUAUUUGUGAGCUACAUUGUAAUUUGUAAUAAAAUAUCACAAAAUGGAAUUC